AUGGCUAUCCCGUCCGGUCGGGCGGCCUUCAAAAAGAAGGAUGGAGUCUUGACUUUGACGCCGGACCAGCAGUUCGUCAUCUGGACACCAGCACCUGGCAACGGCCCCCCUACCGUGUCUUUGUCGAUAUCAAACAUCACAAAUUUACAACAGACACCCGACACAGCCGCCAAGGUGAUGCUCAAGAUCUUUGAGAAACCCCCCGAAGCCACGGAACAGGUGCCAUACCUCUUCCAUUUCACGUCACCAGACGCCAGGUCCGAAGCAAAUGCCAUCAAGGAUUUGCUGUCAAGGCUGCUCGCCGACAUCCGUUCCGGCGAUCCCAACGUCCCCAAGCCGGCCGGAACCCCGAACCCGCAUGCCAAUGGAGGAAACGCGACCCCCUCUGGCGGCAGCGGUGCCGCAGGCUCUGGCUCAGGUUCCAUGACCUUCGCCAGCUCCGUCAACACCAAGACGAGCAACGCGCGCUGGUUCGACGAUGCCCAGCUCAAGGGCGACAUCGAGCUGCAGCAGUCCCUCAUGAAGAAGGACCGCACACUCCACCAAACGUACAUGGACGCCCGCGCAACCAAGCCCGAGUCCAUCUCCGACGCGGCAUUCAACGCGCAGUUCUGGUCUACUCGCACCAACCUCCUCCGCGCCCAUGCGAUCGAGGUCAAUCAGCAAAAAGGCGCCUACAAUAUCCUUCCCUCCAUCAAACCCCGCCUCGAGAACGAUGUCCUCAAGCUCGACAUCACAGUCGAGAUGGUCCAGCUCAUCAUGGCCCAGCACCCCCUCGUCAAGCGCCUGUACGACGAGAACGUUCCCAAGGUCCCCGAGAGCGAGUUCUGGUCUCGUUUCUUCCUUAGCAAGCUCUUCCGCACCCUCAAGGGUGACAGGAUCUCGGACGAGAAGAAGGAAGGUAUCCGCCGCGAUCCCCUCUUCGACGCCCACGAUGCCAGCGAGAAUACUGCUACUUUCCAGCGCAAGAGCAUGGCGCAGAGCGUCCCACACAUCAUCGACGUCUACGGCAACGAAGAAAACCAGGGCGGCUUCAGAAGCGGCAACCAAAAGGACAUUGAGAUGCGUCCGCGCAAGAACGUGCCCAUCGUCAACACCCUCAACAGUCUCAGCGAGAGAAUGCUCGCCAACGUCGCCCCGGCGGACGACAGAGAAAACGCAUCCGGACCAGAGGACUCGACUUUCCAGGAGAUCGCCCUCCGCGACCUGCGGGGCGACGCAAAGGAGAACAAAAUCAUCCUCAACAUCAAGGAGCAGAAUCGCUUCUUCUCCAAAAAGGAAGACGCGCAGUCCGCGAACACCAUCGCCUUCGCCAAGCAGAACCCCUCCGACGUCCUCUUCGAGAUCCAAUCCGACCUCGAGAUGAUCGACGGCGACGAAGCCACCGGCCUGGACCUCCGCGCGGGCAUCGGCAUCGUCGACGACAGCGACAGCGACGAGGACACCCAGCGCCGCCCCCACGUCGGCUCCCGCGCCGCCCGCAAGGCCGCCGGCGACGACAUCAUGGCCGGCAUCCGCCAGCGCCGCGCCGAGAAGUACGGCGACGUCGCCGCCGACGCCUCCAGGCCCAUGGGCCUCCCCGCCGACGUCGCCGACCGCUGCCAGCUCACCCACGCCACCACCGUCGAGUUCCUCCACCAGUUCUGGAACGCCUUCCUCUCGGGCGACCCCGACCGCGCCAACGAGCUGCAGUACCUCGUCGAGUCCCUCAAGCGCUCCGCCGAGCGCAUCCACGCCGUCGCCGACGAGGCCGAGAAGGCCCGCGACGACAUCAUCCGCGCCAAGAAGAAGGAGAUUAUGGAUCACUACAAGGCGACUGGCAAGAAGAUCCGCGGCUGGAGGCCCGAGCACGAAAAGGGCGGCCGCAAGGCCGUCCUCGCCGUCAUGCAACCGACGCUGGAGGCGCUCAAGAGGGCGCAGGCGGAUUACCAGAGGGCCCUGGCGGCUGAGGGCGUGCAGCUUUCCACGGAGGCAUGA